AUGGCCGAAGCAUACGGACUCUCAUCAGGAGCUUUGAAAGGAAUUCUUUCAAAGACCGAAAGACAUUUAUUCGAAGGUAAACCAAUUACAGUACAAGUUACUAAUAUUAAAAUAAUUGAUCAAUCUCUUGAGAGUGGUAACGGCGAUUCAGCAGUCAAAUACCGAGUUUUACUUAAUGACGGAGCCUACUCGUUACAUGGAUUAAUCACUAGUGAGUGCAUCCCUUACUGUGAAGCUAACGGGUUCAAAAAAACGUCGGUCAUAAUUAUCAAAGACUAUAGCUUGGUCACCACUCAGAAGCAUAUUAUGAUCAUUAAUGACUUAGAAGUGAAGUUUCAAACCAGUAAUAAAGCUACGAAUACUUUGAUUUCAUGUGAUUCUUAUUAUGCUGAGCACCCAGAUGAUGAUUAUUUAGAAUUAGCUAAUAAGAGCCAAAAACAAGAAUCUGGAGAAUCAAACCAAGCCAAACCACCUCAACAACAGCAACAACCUCAGCAACCUCAGAAGACAAGCACGUUUCAACAAAGACACGUCAAUGCUAUUGAACAAUUAUCGCCAUAUCAAAACCAAUGGGUCAUUAAGGCCAGAGUUUCUUACAAAGGUGAUAUUAGAAAGUGGUCUAACGCGCGUGGUGAAGGUAAAUUAUUCAAUGUCAAUUUCUUAGACGAAUCUGAUGAAAUCAGAGCCACUGCUUUUAACGAUUUAGCUGAAAAGUUUUACAAUGAAUUGGAGGAAGGAAAGGUUUACUAUAUCAGUAAAGCCAGAAUUCAACAAGCCAAACCCCAAUUUUCACACUUAAGCCAUCCUUAUGAAUUGGCAUUGGAUAGAGAUACAAAUGUAGAAGAAUGUUUUGAUACAACUGAUGUUCCAAAAAUUCAUUUUAAUUUUACCAAAUUAAACCAAAUUGAAAGUUGUGAACCAAACUCAAUCAUUGAUGUGAUAGGUGUUUUAAAAGAAGUAAAUCCAGUUUUCCAAAUCACUGCAAAGUCAACAGGAAAACCAUUCGAUAGAAGAAACAUCACCAUUGUAGAUGAUUCCAAUUUUGCAAUCACUGUUGGAUUAUGGAAUAAUACAGCCGUUGAUUUCAAUACUGGCGAAGGUUCAGUCAUUGCCUUUAAGGGUUGCAAAAUUCAAGAUUUUGCUGGAAGAUCAUUGACAUUAACACAUGCUGGUUCUAUGAUGGCAAACCCCGACACCACUGAGGCAUAUCAAUUGAAAGGAUGGUUUGAUAAUCAAGGUGUCAAUGAAAAUUUUAAAACCCUAAAGAAUGAGAGUAGCUCUAACCAAAAUUUAAUUAAUAAUAGGAAAUCUAUAUUACAAGCUCAAGAAGAAAACUUAGGUAUGAGUGAAAAACCAGAUUUCUUCAACAUUAAGGCAACUGUCAAUUUCUUUAAAACAGAAAACUUUUGCUACCCAGCUUGUAAUAAUUCAUUACAAUCUAGUUCACAGCAACCAUCUUCAACAUGUAAUAGGAAAGUCGUUGAACAACCUGACGGUACUUGGAGAUGUGAAAAGUGUGACAUCAAUUUCAACGAGCCCCAUUAUAGAUACAUAUUGAACUGUUCCGUUAUGGACGCUUCCGGUCAAUUAUGGAUGACUUUAUUUGACCAAGAGGCUAUUAAGCUCUUUGGUAAAACUGCUGGUGAGUUGUUAGCUAUGAAAGAGAAACAAAAUAAUAAUGAAAGUAAUGAAUUUCAAGAUUUGAUCAACGAAAUUACGAUGAAAGAAUUCAACUUCAGAUUAAAAGCUAGACAGGACUCUUACAAUGGUGUUGUAAGAGUAAGAUACCAAGUUAUGACUAUUAAUGAUGUCGACUUUAAUGUAGAGUGUGAACAUUUAUGUUCAGAAUUAGAUUCAAUGUUGCAUUAG